AACGAGGUUGUAUCCAUCACCAUCAAAAAUCCGACCGUUGGAGCUUCGCCAUUGAUACACCCUACCCACUGGAAGAAGCUUUAACUAUGGCGAGGAUGAGCGACAGAGCUGCAGAACCUCUAGCAACUACUCCGGUUACUGUAAACCCUAGGAAUCAAGAAAUGAACUCCGACUAUUCUACUCCUAAGGUUUCUUCCGAUUACGAGAAAUGCAGAGAGGAAAGAAUAAAACAAAAUCUCGAGAGGAUGCAAAAGCUCGGCAUUUAUGAUUUGUCUCUUAAGUUGAGAUCCAUUAAACCCAACACCAAUAGGAAGAACAACAAACCCUUAUCCACCAAUCAGAACAAAACCCCUAAUCGGUGUAUUCCCCCCUUGCCCUCAUCGGUUCCCGCACGUCGUUCCUCCAGGUUGCAGAAUACACCAACAGUUAGCUACACUGAAGCUGUUAAGUCGAAAAAGGAUAAAGAUGAAAAUGACCAUCUGAUAAGGGAGAACUCUAGGCCCGAGGUUUACACAGAAGAACACGAAAAGCGUUUAGGUGAUGCUAAAAUGGAGUGGACUCUCUUUGUGGAUGGAUAUGGAAAAGAUGGCAAGAAAAUAUAUGAUCAAGUCAGAGGAAAGACUUGUCAUCAAUGCAGGCAGAAAACACUUGGUCAUCGGACGCACUGCGUCAAGUGCAAUCUGGUUCAAGGCCAGUUUUGUGGAGAUUGUUUGUAUAUGAGAUAUGGGGAGAAUGUACUUGAAGCAAUGCAAAAUCCCGAUUGGAUUUGUCCAGUUUGUCGUGGAAUUUGUAACUGCAGUUUGUGCCGUCAAGCAAAAGGCUGGGCUCCCACUGGUGUUCUUUAUAGAAAGAUUUCUAGUCUUGGGUACAAGUCGGUUGCACACUAUCUCAUCGAGACCCGCCAGUCUGAUCCUAAUUCAGAGAAGACGGAACCACCGAUUUGUGCUAAAAGAUCACUACCCUUUUCUAACGAAGAGGUUGAGUCUGAAGAUGGUCUGAAGACAAGCGAAAAGAUUGAACCUUUGCAUGAUAAUGUCAAGCUAGAAAGUGGUCAAGAACCAGAAAACAAGAAUCCUGAGGUGGAGGUUAAGUCUGAAAUGAUGGAAGAUGAGAAACCAUCUGAACUACAAUCAUCAGAUGAACCUUCAUGCAACAAUCUAAAACUAGAAAGUGGUCAAGAAUUGAAAGACAAGAAUUCAGAGGCAGAUGCUGAUGUGGGUGAAAAUGAGAACCCGAAAAAGAUUAAAGAAUCUGAUGAAUCUUCGUGCAACAAUGUCAAGCUAGAAAGUGGUCAGGAAUCGGAUGACAAGAAUUCAGAGGCAGAAAACGAAAAUGAAAACCAGAAAAAGGUUAACGUUGAAUUAAAAAACGAAAAGGCAGAAAAUGAGGUCGAAAACAGCGUUGUUACUCCAGAAACCAGGCCGAUCUCUCAAAAGAAACGCCGGAGAGUUGUGGAACCUGUUUUAGAGAAUAGUAUCGCUGGAAGGCUCAGAUCUAGACGCAAAUUGAUUUGAUGAUCGAGAUGUAUUCCGCUUUCUUUUUUCGUUUCUUGGUGUUUUAUUAUGUCAUUUACUAGGAACCAGAUUAGCAGAUCACAGACUAGAAUUUCCCUUUAAUUUGGGUGGGAAAUCUUGCCGGGAGCCUUGAUGCUGCAAGGAUUGUUUUCUUGAUCACCAGGUAUUUUUGCAGCAUUUUUGUUCAUUUUGUGAUGUAAUUUAACAAUAUUAUGGGAAUAUCAUGGUCUUUCU